GGGCGGCAGCGCAGGCUGGGCGGGCCCUGGCUGCUGCUCCCUCCUCUAGUAGACGAAGCUGACGUGGCUCUGGCGCGGGGCGGAUAUGGCGGACAGCAGCAGGCAGAGCAGGCUGGCGGCGGCCAAGAAGAAGCUGAAGGAGUAUCAGCAGAAAAAUAGCCCUGGAGCAGCUGCAGGAACUAAGAAAAAACGCAAAACUAAAGAUGACUGUCGGCCCGAGACACCCACGGGCGAUGACCAGCAGCCUCCAGAGAAUAUUCAGAACAUUCUGAAGGUGCCGGUGUCGGACCUGAAGCGCUCCAAUGGGGUAGCCAUACCGUCAUUGGACAGGGGGAAGAAACAGCAGAACCAGGAGGCAGUGGAUCAGCUGGAGAAGGAAAAGAUGGAGCUGGAAGAGAAAUUUUCUGAAGAGCAAGCCGCGCUGAGGGAACAGCUACAGGUUCAUAUCCAGACUAUUGGAAUUCUAGUUUCCGAGAAGUCUGAGUGUCAGACGGCGCUUGCACCUACUCAGCGAGCUGCACGGGAGAAAUCAGGAGAAGCCGAGAGCUUUGCUGCUCGUUUACGUUCAUCUCGCCAGAGGGAACUGGAGCUGGAACGUACUUUGGCCUCCGUCUCUCUGCAGCAAAAACAGGCAGAGAAGCGUAAUGCAGAGUUAAUGAAGGAGCGAGAAGACCUGAAACAGGAGCUGUACAAACAGAGCAAAAGUAGUGAGGAAAUAAAGCAGCAGAAUGCAGAGCUGUCAGAGAAGUUUCGCUGCCUGGUUUCUGAGAUCUCAGCCAAGAAGUUGUAUAUGGAGGAUUUGCAUAAGAAAUUGGAAAUGGCUGAACUGAUGAUCCAACAGAAACAGCAGAACCAGGAGGCAGUGGAUCAGCUGGAGAAGGAAAAGAUGGAGCUGGAAGAGAAAUUUUCUGAAGAGCAAGCAGCGCUGAGGGAACAGCUACAGGUUCAUAUCCAGACUAUUGGAAUUCUAGUUUCCGAGAAGUCUGAGUGUCAGACGGCACUUGCACCUACUCAGCGAGCUGCACGGGAGAAAUCAGGAGAAGCCGAGAGCUUUGCUGCUCGUUUACGUUCAUCUCGCCAGAGGGAAUUGGAGCUGGAACGUACUUUGGCCUCCGUCUCUCUGCAGCAAAAACAGGCAGAGAAGCGUAAUGCAGAGUUAAUGAAGGAGCGAGAAGACCUGAAACAGGAGCUGUACAAACAAAGCAAAAGUAGUGAGGAAAUAAAGCAGCAGAAUGCAGAGCUGUCAGAGAAGUUUCGCUGCCUGGUUUCCAAGAUCUCAGCCAAGGAGUUGUAUAUGAAGGAUUUGCGUAAGAAACUGGAAAUGGCUGAACUGAUGAUCCAACAGAAACAGCAGAACCAGGAGGCAGUGGAUCAGCUGGAGAAGGAAAAGAUGGAGCUGGAAGAGAAAUUUUCUGAAGAGCAAGCCGCGCUGAGGGAACAGCUACAGGUUCAUAUCCAGACUAUUGGAAUUCUAGUUUCCGAGAAGUCUGAGUGUCAGACGGCGCUUGCACCUACUCAGCGAGCUGCACGGGAGAAAUCAGGAGAAGCCGAGAGCUUUGCUGCUCGUUUACAUUCAUCUCGCCAGAGGGAAUUGGAGCUGGAACAUACUUUGGCCUCCGUCUCUCUGCAGCAAAAACAGGCAGAGAAGCGUAAUGAAGAGUUAAUGAAGGAGCGAGAAGACCUGAAACUGGAGCUGUACAAACAGAGCAAAAGUAGUGAGGAAAUAAAGCAGCAGAAUUCGGAGCUGUCAGAGAAGAUUUGCUGCCUGGUUUCCAAGAUCUCAGCCAAGGAGUUGGAUAUGGAGGAUUUGCGUAAGAAACUGGACAUGGCUGAACGGAGGAUCGAACAGCUCUCGGAGUCAGUUCACCAGCUCCAGGCAGAAAGAGAUCAGUAUGUAGAGAAACUGAAGGAGGAGCAGAGCUUUUGGCAGCAGCAGGUGCAGCAGCUCUCUGAACAGGUCCAUGCAAUGGCAGACAAGAAGGAGGAGCAUAUGGCCUGAGGAGAUGAUGACGUGGACUCCUGAGUUCGACCAGAAGACCUUUUAUUAGUCCAGAACCCACGCUUAUAAUAUCCUCGUUUGCUGUUCACGCGCCCCAUACUAAAGUAUCAUUGGUUCAUACACGUCUUGGCUACAUAGAAUUGGUUAAUUACUAAGCUGCAAAUGCACUGAACCUCUUGCAUUUUUUUUCUCUCUUCUUUCUUAUCUCUGUGAGUUUCAUGUUCUCAGCCAGCCGCCGAGAUGUGGCAUCGCGCAUCCGCUCUGGCCUUGCUUCAUAUCGCGUCUUCCUUCCAGGCGUUCAGCCAACCUUAUCUUACUUUCUCUCUUCUUUAGCCUUCAAGGCCCUUCACAGGCAUCGUGGCCUCCAGCACUGGACAUAAAGCUCUCUACAAUUCCCCCGUCUUUAUUUUGAACAGAAACAACAUUAGAGGUUAAACUACUUUUGAAUCAUAGAUCUUACACAGUUCAGCGUACAGGGAAUAAUGGUCAAUAUAAGUACAAUUAGCAAUAACAGUAUUCCUCUGCGAGUUGUAAACUCCUGCAACCAUCUGGUGGUUCCCCAAGACUUGAAAAGAUUCCGCAACCAAUCUCCCAAUAGUUCAUGCUGUGAGCCCUGUGACAUGUCCUUCAAUUCUUGUAACUGAGUGUGAAUCGAUGCGGAAUGGCCCGGAAGGUUCGUACAACACAUUCCUUAGUGCUGUGCACUGUAGGCUACUGCAGAGGAACGAAGCUGGGUUAAUUAGCAUUGAUAAUAUACAGCUGUGGGCUGGCUUCAGGGGCGGUGGGUUGGCUGGUGUAGACAAGGUGCAGCUGUGGCUGGUUCUGUGAAGCGGUUGGGCAGCCGAGGAAGAGAGGGCAGCCAAGGAAGAGAGGGGAGGAAGAAGCAGAGAGGGUGAGUGUGCCCUGGAUGAGUCAAGACGAGACGAAAAGGCAGCAGAGGGACUGCCAUGAAAAGUGUGGUGGUAAAAGACCUUGUUGCAGCUGGCUAGUUUGGAGAGUGCUGUGGCAGGCUACUCGCUGCUGUUCACUUAGCUUCUACAGGUGAGAUCACAUUCCUCCUUUCUUUCUGUCUCAUCCUGGUUUCUUCUCAUACUCCCUCAAAGUUAUUUGGCUCUUUGCUGCAGGUUCUCAGCUGCACAUUAUCAAUGUCAAAACAACCCACUGUCUCUGUUUUCUACAAUUCACCCCUGUUUGUGGUUUGUGGUUUUGUUUCUUUGUUGUUUUUUAUUUUGUAAAAGGUUGCUUUACCAUGUUAUGGAAUUUUCAUCCCUUUUUCUUUUGUUUUCUGUCUCAUUACUUAAUUACCAAUUUUGGCUUUAUUUUAUGUGUACAUUUGUACAUUUCAAUCAGGUUCACAAAAUGUUAAAGUUGUUAACGGUGCAUUUCCUACAGAGGUCAACAUACAGGUUUAUGAUUAUUUACAAGAACAUGCAAUAAGCUAUGGAAGUUGUAUGAAAAUAUUUUUCAGAAACUUCUCAUCAAAUAAAUGAGCAUGAGAAAUUGUGUUUAACUUGUAAAUUCUACAUAUAAGCUGUUAAGAAACAUUUUCUAUCCUAAAAUGAAUAGAUAAAACCUACUUAAAAGCUCUUGAAAUCUUGCCCUUGGGCGAGUGUUCCGCUGUGCCUCCAUUCUAAAGCAUGGAAGUGGAAAUUGUGUAGAGCAAAGUUUUACUUUAAAUAACUGCUCAACUGUUAUUGCUGCUGUUCAAAGAACCUGAAAGCACACAAUGAAGACUUGGAACUAAACAAACAUCUGAGUGGACACCUCUAGAUUGUUACUGGAAUUAAAUGCAGAAGUUAACUAUAAAAGUUUCUCAAAAUGUU